UUUUCAUUGCGAACGGUUGUGCGGACGGAUAUUUUAAAAGUUCGAAAAUUUUGGAAUAAUUAAGAUAAUGAGACUUGAUAUCGUAUAUUUCUUUCACUAUUAAUUAAUGUGCUAAUUUUGUCACCGAUUUGCUUCAACCAAAAAAAAACAAAAGUGUCGAUUUUGUUUACAUUCGUAAUUGUCGAUUGCGCGGACUCAAUUGGAAUAUGGCAGUAAAAACAAUUUAAUAAAAACGCAAAUAGUCCAAUCAACAAAGGAGAAUAUUAAAAAUGAACUAUUCGCAGGAAGAAAGGAAAUGGCGUAAAUUAAAUAAAGUGCGUUAAGAAAGAAAGUAGUGAAACAGGGAGGAAUUCCCAAAAUGAAAUCAUAUUGAUUUUCUUGUUUGUGCAAACAAAGGCAACAAAAGCAAAAAAAAAAAAUCAACAACAACCACUUUAAUAUUUUGGCACUUUCAAGUGGCAAGAUGAAGAUGUGUGCAAGAUAAAGAUAGAUAAUCAAACGGGCGACAAGUGCAACUUAUAGUCUUAUUGCACCUGCAUCUCUCGUUCUCUCCCUCUCUCUAUCUCUCUGUGUGUGUAAAAGUGAACAACAAAAAAAGCGAAAGUUCAGUUUUCAAUGUUGCAAAAAUAAUAUAAUGCAAAAGUGUGUGGACUAUUGUCAUUGAAAUUUCCCCUAUAAAAGGUAAAAAAAAUAAUUUCGAUCAGGAGACCCGGCAAGAAGGGAGUGGCCGGCGUCCGGCAAUAUUGCAAAUAUUGGAUUUGAAACAAAACGAACCGAAAGAAAGCUCCAAAAAUGUGGAUACCAUCAAAUAACAAAUAUGGAGUUGCCAUACACAAUUGGCAUGGAGAAGUACGUUUCGGACUGCCGCUGGAUGUUGGAGACUCUGUGGACAUUGUGGAGGAAUGCACACAUUGGUAUCGCGGUUCCUGUCCUCGCAAAUCCCGGUCAGUUGGCAUCUUCCCCAAGACAUAUAUACACAUAAAGGAUCUGUCAAAAAUUGAUCCAGUUGUUGCCGAAUGCACUCAGGUUUUGCGUGAAUGGUCAGAGAUUUGGAAACGUCUUUUUGUGGAUCGGGAGACUUACAAAUUUCAAACACUGCGCAAAGUAAUGUUUUCCAUAUUGGAAAGUCGUCGGGAGCUUUUAAGUGCCACUAUGACACAGGAUCAGACGCUAGAAUUGCAAAUGGUUGUUGUUUCCAAAAUUGAUUGGGGUAAUCGUAAACUUGGAUUGGAUUUGGUGCCCCGUAUCGGUCCACUGGCGGUCGAUCCUCAUGGCAUUGGUAUUGUCAAAUUGUACAAUGUUCAUGUAAGCAGUGCGGAUAAUGCCAAAGCUUCAUCGAGUCGCGGUACUUUACGCCGCAAAACGCAACGUAAGAUACUCACCCAUCAUUUGUAUUUCUGUAUGCGGGACUUUGGCCAUCGCAUUGGCGGCGAUGAUGCCGAAGUCUAUUUCAUGCUCUACGAUGGUAGCCGGAUGAGGCCAUUGUCCGAACGGUUUCUUGUAAAGAUCUCAAAAGAUGGUUUAUCCAAUUAUAUAGAAAAAUUACAUAGCAAUUGCACGGUAUUCACUGAUUUGGGUGCGGCAGAUCUCAAUGAAGAUCUGCAUUUAGUUGCUAUUGUAAUGCGAGUGGGCAAAAUCAUACAAUCUGACUCAAUCAAGAAGGUUGAGAAAAAUGGCUCGUCUGGACACGGUCCCACAUAUCGACGCCCCUUUGGUGUGGGAGUACUCUCAUUGGGCGAUAUAGCACAGUUUGACAGCAGCUUAGAGCAGGCUUCCUCUGAAGAGCGUGAAUAUAGCUUUAAGCUUUACCAGAGCGAAGAGAAAGAUUUUCAUUUGCUGCCCGAAUUGAUCAUUAAGAAAUCGAGUGGCAAAUACUCCCCCAUUCAGGCAGGGGGUAAUCAAAAUACACAGGGUAUUGUCGUCUCCUUAAAGCUAUUGCACGGUGGUCUAGGGCAGGCGCGGCAGGAACAACCAUUACUGUUUCAGGGUUCAACAAUAACACGUAAAAUGGGUUUUCCCGAUGUCAUUAUGCCCGGCGAUGUGCGCAACGAUCUUUUCCUUACCCUUGAACGGGGCGAAUUCGAGCGUGGUGGCAAGAAUACGGGCAAGAAUAUCCUCGUUACCGUUGUAGUUCUCGAUGUGACGGGCAAUGUUCUUACCGAUUGUCUAUGGGGUGCUUCUGGCAUGGACACCCAACCGCAUUAUCGCUCUAUGAUCCUAUACCAUCAGAAUGCACCCAGUUGGAACGAAAUGUUGCGACUAAGUGUACCCAUUGAUAAGUUUGCCACAGCACAUGUGCGAUUUGAGUUUCGCCACUGUUCGACAAGGGAUAAAACAGAACCGAAACUAUUUGCAUUCAGUUUUGCUCGUCUUAUGGACACUAGCGGUGCCACUCUGGGUGAUGGCCAACACGAGCUGUAUGUGUACAAGUGUGAGGAUCCGGCCAAGUUGCAAGCAUCCAAUUACCUACGCCUUCAGUGUCGCCCUCGAGACUCGCAUCCGCAGGCGAAAAAUGAUUGCAGCGGUUGCUAUAGUCGCAGCUCGAAGGAAGUCUUUGUACUUCGCUCGCUACUCUGCUCCACGAAAUUGACCCAAAAUGCUGAUCUUCUCUCGCUGCUCCAAUGGCGGGCCCAUCCAGAAACCAUUCAAGAAUCUUUAACUGGUGUUCUUCGUUUGAAUGAUGAAGAAUUGGUGAAAUUUUUGCAGGAUGUCCUGGAUGCUUUGUUUGCCAUGUUUUCGAACGAGGAAGGAAAUAGCACACAGCACUCGGGUCUAGUCUUUCAUGUCCUGGUCAGCAUCUUUAGUCUGUUGCAAAGCAAUAAAUUCCAGCAUUUUAGGCCCGUAAUGAAUGAGUACAUUGAGAAUCAUUUUGCCGCGGCACUAGUCUACAAGGGUCUCAUUACAUCCGUGGAACAUAUGGCGGUAUUUAUGACUAAGGCAGAGCACCCGGAUCCAUUUCAAAAAUGUUUCGGCUCUCUGGAGUAUAUAUUCAAGCUACUCAUCCAGUCAAGGCGUUUGUUUGCUCGCGCCACCGGUGGUCAAUACGAGGACUCGUUUCGAAGAGAUCUUCACUCGCUUUUUACGGCACUAAAUGGUAUGCUCUCGGUGCCCUCGUACGAUGUUAUCAUUCCCACCCAGGAAGCGCUGCUCAACUCCACGGGCGUUGUGUUGGAACAACUGAAGGAUACUUUACCAGCCCCAGAGUUGGGAAUGCUGGCUCGCAAUAUGCUCGAUGCUAUUCCACGAGGUGCACCCAUACGCCUUAUUCAAGCCAAAUUGCAUGCAGUUAAAGAUCUGGUUUCUGGCGAGUUAUUCCACGAAGAUGAUUCUCGCACUGUGGUCUUGUCGGUGGCUUGUAAGCACCUUCGUAUGCAUCUAAGUCGACGCGAUGAACUUCGCCUCUGCGCCGAAAUACUCUCCGAGAUUUUAAGUCAACUCUACGAUUUGCAACGAGAACAGCGUGAUAAAGUGACAAAUACCCUGCAACAUGACUUGGAUUCGUUAUGCAAGAAUAUUCUGGGAAUUUUAAUACGAACUAUCAGUAUCAUAAUGGAGGGAUCAAAUGCAGUGUUGCCUCAAUUGGUUGCUUGUCUACUGGGUUUACUCCAACUCCUGGACGAGACGCAUUAUAAACGCUAUUGGGAUGAAUUGACACCAUAUAAAGAUCCCCGCGAUCUCAAGGAAUUUCUUAGCAAAUCUCUGUUGGUCUACGAGGAGCUGCUUACCCAAGAUUGGCUAGUCUUUCCAAAUGAUUGGCUUGUGAUGAAGUUGGCUGCCAAUGAUGUGCUGCGCAUUUCCUUGGAAGAGUUUGCCAAGCCUUUAGUUUAUCGAUUUCUCGGUCCCCAAGCGUUUGAUUCGCAACUCUGGUGGAGCUAUUUCAGUUUGGCCGUCUCAUUUCUGACGCAACCCUCGCUGCAGCUAGAACAAUACAGGGAACCCAAGCGGCUAAAGAUUUUGCACUCGCAUGGCGAUAUGCGUGUUUUGAUGGGCUUCCAGAUACUCAGCAUGUGGUCACAGUUGGGGGAGCAGAAACUUCAUUUUAUACCAUCGAUGGUGGGGCCAUUUUUGGAGGUGACAUUGGUACCAGAACCGGCUUUAAGAAAGGCCACACUAACCGUAUUUUACGACAUGAUGCAAUGCGAGCAGGCUGCCCGUGGCUCUUUUCGUCUAGUGGAGAGUGAACUAAUUGAUAAACUGGAUCUGCUUAUUAGUGAGAACAAGGGCGAUGAUGAGUAUCGAGAACUUUUUAGUACCAUGGAACAUCUCAGCUUGGUCUUGCUGGAGAAAGUUCAACUGGAGAAUCCAAAUUGGAAGGAUGCUGGUAUUGCAUUUAUAGCAUCAGUUACUCGAUUAUUGGAACGCCUGCUCGACUAUCGGAGCGUUAUGCAGGGCGAGGAGAAUCGCGACAAGCGGAUGACUUGCACGGUGAAUCUUUUAAAUUUCUAUAAAAAUGAAAUCAAUCGUAAAGAGAUGUAUCUAAGAUAUAUUUACAAACUGCACAAUCUGCAUCUGCAGGCAGAAAACUAUACAGAGGCCGGAUAUACUCUAAAAUUAUAUGCUUCUAUGCUCAGUUGGGAUCGGGAAACACAAAGUUUUGCCCCAUUCGAUAAUAGUGGUCAGCCAGAGUGGCAGCGAAAGGAGCGCCUUUAUCAUGAGAUCCUUAAAUACUUUGACAAGGGCAAAUGUUGGGAAAAGGGUAUUCCUUUGUGUAAGGAACUUGCCCAACUUUAUGAGACACGUCGCUUUGACUAUAAUAAGCUAAGUGAGAUACUCAUACUUGAGGCGAAAUUCUUUCAAAAUAUAUUGACUCAACUACGGCCGGAACCAGAGUAUUUUCGUGUUGGUUUCUAUGGCAUGGGUUUGCCACUUUUUGUACGGAACAAGCAAUUUGUCUAUCGUGGUUUGGAAUAUGAGCGAAUCGCUGCCUUUACGCAACGCCUGCAAACAGAAUUUCCUAGUGCACAGAUUCUGGGUAACAAUAGCCCACCAGAUAAUACAAUUCUAAAUGGUCCCGAGCAGUAUAUACAGAUAAGCAACGUGAGACCAGUGGGCGAUGCCCAAGCUUUGAAAACGGCUAUGGUCCCGGUGCCGGAGAAAAUUUCACGUUUCUAUGAAGUGAACGAUGUGACGAGAUUUAUCUAUGAUCGACCCAUGUAUAAAGGACCCAUUGACAAAGAUAAUGAAUUCAAAUCCCUUUGGAUAGAACGGACAAUAUUGGAAAUAUCCAGUCCCUUGCCUGGUAUCUUGCGCUGGUUUGAGGUUAAACACAAGUCCAUGCAAGAACUGACCCCAGUGGAAUAUGCCUGCGAGAUUAUCGGAAAUGCAAGCAAGGAUCUGUCCGAACUUAUUGUGCAAUAUCGGCGUGAUCAGAAGAAGAAUAUAAAUCCAUUUUCAAUGCGUCUGCAGGGAACAAUCGAUGCUAAUGUUAUGGGUGGCAUUAGCAAGUAUCAGGAAGCAUUUUUUUCUGAUCAGUUUCUCAAAUCUCCACAAGGAGCCGGCCAACAAGCCAAUGUUCAACGCCUCAAGGCCCUCAUCCUUGAGCAGAUUCAAAUUCUAGAGCAAGCCCUGGAGUUGCAUGGCCAGUUGGCACCCAGCGGUGUUCAGCCGUUGCACAAUCGUCUUCUUGAAAGAUUCUCGCAACUAAAACAGAGUCUUUCUGGCAUGGGACGGUUAAAACGCAAUUCAGAGAGUAUAGUGAAUACGCCGUUGCCUCCAUUGCCCACAGAACAACGAUCCACACAAGCGGCUGCCAGUAGCUCAAGUCCUAAUCCCAGUUCCAAUUCCAACGCCAACUCAAACUAUGUGUACGAUCUGGAUGAGAUAUACACAAGGCCUGGCGACACAUUAAGGCCCGUCGAUCCUCACAAUUCGUAUCAGACUUUAAGCAAGGAGAGCCUAACUAUUCCUUUGGAUGACACACUUGCCCCUCCAGUGCCCAAUCGGCCACGUUCGCAGAACUUCCUAACCAACGGAGCAGCGAUUGAUAGUCCCGAGGUGCCGCCGAAACGUCAGCCCUUAACAGGUGGUGGUGUUGCCGGUUCCCCGAACGCUCCGCCAUUGCCGCCACGUGGAAUAACUCCAGAUAAAAGAGCUUCCAAUCCUAUGAUUUUCAACGAUUUUGGUGCCGGAGAUUCUGUUGGCCGUCGACAUUCGGCACAACAGCAGCAACAUCAACACGGACAGAAAUACUCUGUGGUAGACAUUAGUUUCGAUGAUCCAGAGGCUGAUCAGCAACCGCAUUCGUUGCCACCAAAUCUCCAAGAAGCCGGUGGGCAUCUUAAUGUCUGCUUUGCACCCAACGAUUUUCGUGAUUCCGGAAUAUCCACUACAAGCUCACGUGAGCUAAACCAUAUGAAUCUUAAUAAUCUAAGUGAAGAUUCCUCUUCCAUAUCAGUGAGUACGGUGCAUCAUCGUGAUCACUGUCGGAUUAGUUCGAAUGGCAGUCUUGAGAUGCAACCGGCAGCGGCAUUAAGUUCAAUGAACAUCACCCAAAGAGAGAGUUCAACUAGCUCGUUUGAUGUCGAAGAUUUUCCAGUGCCACCGCCACCUAUUCCGCCAAAAUCAUUGGCAGUCUCUAGCAAUGGAGUUGUGGCCAACGAGGAUGGACACUCACCUAAUCCAAAUACACACAAUCAUUCCAAUAACAAUCAUCAUUCUCAUCACCAUCACAAUCAUUCGCAUUUAAUGCAGCAGCCGCAGUCCCAGCAGAAUGGCGAUGGUGACGUUUAUAGUUCGCCGCAGCCACAACAGAUGAAUGGGCUGGCUGGUGUUCUGCCGCCGCCAUUGCCGUCUGCUGUUGAGACUGGUCAGGCGAUUGCAGCGACAACAUCUUCAUCGAAUCACCCACACGAUGGCGGCACUUUUUGAGUUACAAUAUGUCGCUGCCAGCAUCCACCCGAUCAGCCGCAUCAGCCACACAAGCCAUCCUCGUCGACCUCGACUUCGGAGAGCACCUGCACAGAUCAGAUGGUCACUGACACUUCCACGGACUCUAGUUCGUCCACACAAUCAUUGACACCGCCGCCACCGCCAUUGUCAUUUCAUGGCCAACUCCAUCAAUCUACGGGUUAUUGCCAGGAGUGUCUAUCAUCGCCAUCACCGCCACCUCCACCGGCCAUUAUAACGGAACAAGUACUUGUGCAUGCCAUGCCACCAGUGCCAUCAUUACAGCCCCACAUUGAACAUUGCUCCUGCGGCCUAAGUUUCUCCGUAGUGGAAAAUCAACAAGAUCAAAGGACAGGGGAUACGAUGCAGUAUACUACCGAACUGAAUUCCCAUAUGCAUACGCAUCGGCAUCAGUGCAAUGACCAUAUCAACAGUCAGGCCCAUGCGCAUGCCCAGACCGACUUCUCUUAUGCCCAGCAUUAAGUGAGAAAUAUUCAAAGGGCGUACAUAUAUAUAUUUAUAUAUAUCUAUGCCCACCUAGAGUGAGAUUGAAUUGAUUUUAGUUGUGUUUAUUUAAUUUAUAAGAUCUAGCCAAAACUAGAUUUCAUUUGAGAAAGACAGAUGUAACCUAGUCCAUCUGGCUCUCAUUUCAUUAUUGUAAUUAGUUUCGGUGCCAAAUCAAAGCCAUGCAAAUACGCAUGCGCAAUAUAAACAGAUGUUGUAACUAAAAUAGGUUGCUUUAAUUUAUUUACAAGAAAAACAAAAAAAAACAAAAAAACGCAGUUUUACAAUGUUAAUACAUAUUUAGAACAUACAUAUACACGGGGGAAUUGUCGCUAAAGUUACUAAACCAAUAUAUGCAUAUAUUUAUAUAAAUCUAAUCCAAUCUUUACCCAUAUACCUUGUAAGCGAAUAAAGAUAUUAAAAAUCAAAUACUAAAACCAAAAUACUUAA